AUGUCGACCAGCGGGCUGAAGGCAAUCGCCCCCGUUCCCACCGCGGCCGACUUCCUUGACAUCGUACUCUCCAAGACCCAGCGGAAGACACCCACGGUCAUCCACAAAAACUUCAAGAUCAGCCGCAUCCGCAACUUCUACAUGCGCAAAGUGAAGUUUACACAAGACUCCUUCGAUGAGAAACUCAGCGCCAUCCUGGACGACUUUCCGAUGCUGGACGACAUCCACCCGUUCCUUGCCCAACUCAUGAACGUUUUGUACGACAAAAACCACUACAAACUUGCGCUGGGCCAGCUCAGGACGGCGCGGCAUCUCAUCGACCAGGUUGCCAAAGACUAUGUUCGGCUGCUCAAGUUUGGAGACAGUUUGUAUCGGUGUAAGCAGCUGAAGCGGGCUGCUCUUGGUCGAAUGGCUACCGUCAUGCGCCGGCAGAAAGACCCGCUUGCCUAUCUGGAGCAGGUCCGCCAACACAUCUCCCGUCUCCCCGCAAUCGACCCAAACACCCGAACCCUCCUCAUUUGCGGCUACCCCAACGUCGGAAAAUCUUCGUUCAUCAACAAGGUCACCAGGGCCGACGUUGAUGUUCAGCCCUACGCAUUUACUACAAAGUCGCUUUUCGUCGGCCAUCUCGACUACAAGUACCUGCGAUGGCAAGUUAUCGAUACUCCUGGAAUCCUCGACCACCCGCUUGAAGAGAUGAACACCAUCGAAAUGCAGAGCAUAACCGCACUAGCGCAUCUCAAGAGUUGUGUGCUCUAUUUCAUGGACCUCUCAGAACAAUGCGGCUAUACCGUUGAGGCCCAAUGCAAGCUCUUCCACUCUAUCAAGCCCCUCUUCGCAAACAAGCCUACAAUGCUUGUUAUCAACAAAAUCGAUGUCAUGCGUCUCGAGGACAUUCCAGCCGAAUCGCGGGCCCUUGUUCAGGAAAUCAUCGACUCUGAAGACGUUAAAUGUGUACAGGUGUCGUGUUACUCGGAUGAGGGUGUGAUGGACCUCAAAACGCAGGCCUGUGAUGCCCUUCUGGCCCACCGGGUGGAUAACAAAGUGAAGGGUGCUAAAAUCAAUUCCGUCAUGAACCGCAUCCACGUCGCGCAGCCCAAACCGCGCGAUGAUCUUGUACGAGCGCCAUUCAUUCCUGAUGUCGUCAAAGAUCGGAAAAAAUACGACAAGAACGACCCAGAAAGACGAACACUUCUGAGGGAUGUGGAGUUGGCUGAGGGUGGUGCUGGUGUUUUCAAUAUCAACCUCAAGGAAAAUUACCUCCUUGCGAACCCGGAGUGGAAGAACGACAUUAUGCCUGAAAUCAUGGACGGCAAGAACAUCGCGGACUUCAUCGACCCCGAUAUUCUCGAGAAACUCGAAGCCUUGGAGCGAGAGGAAGAGAAGCUUGAGGCAGAGGGCUUCUAUGAUUCGGAAGAAGAUAUGGAGGAGUCCGAGGACGAGCGGGAGCGGGUGGCUGCACGGAUUGCGCUUUCCCACAAAAUCAAAUCACAGAGCCUGAAGAAGAGCAAAAAGAACCAGGCGCGCAUGCCGCGGUCGACCGCCGCUGGGCGAUCAACGCUUUCAGAGAUGACAAAGCAGCUGGAGGAUGCGGGGCUGGAUCCAAGCAAAAUUGUCCAGCGGGCGGAGAGACUCAAAGCCCAGACAUGGAGGGCGGGGGGAGGCGCGGACGGGUGGAUGGAUGUCGAUGAUGACGGUGAUGUCGAUAUGGGAGGAGAUGAUACGCCUUCAAAGAGACUGAAAACCAACUCGGGUGGCGUUGCGAAACGACACCCAAGGGCGAAUCGGUCCCUGGCUGGAAUGCGCGACCAAAGCCAAGCCGCAAGGGCCACGAAACUACGAAACCUGGGCCAACGACCCCGGAAUAUGCAUGCCCGCGCCGGAGAAGGCGACCGUCAUAUCCCGACCAAAAUGCCAAAACACAUGUUUGCUGGAAAGCGGAAAGCAGGCAAGACACAACGGCGGUGA